CAGUUCUUUGAGGGUAGUUAGUUGGACAACGGCGUUGCCGAAAACGGGCCACCUCAGCUGCCGCACAAUACAUUUUUGGCCAUGUACAUACAACAAAAGCCGUUUAAAUCAUAAACACAAAAUGCAAUUAGCCAGCGAGCGCACGCCACGAAAGUCAACAAACUAACUAAAAGCCAGUGUCGACGUCAACUAAACCGAAACUAAAGCUAAAUUGGUGCGAGCAGCUAGCAGACCGGAACCGGAAAUGCCCAUUGAGCCGCCUGACAACAACCACAAACACAAUCACAGCCACAAUCACAGUCACCAGCACUAUUGCAUUGGCAGCGGCCAUAAAGCCGAGCAACAAAUCGCCCACACACACAUGUAGUUGCAGCGCGAGUGCGUUAGUGUGUGCGGGCUCUGAAAACCGGAAGCGGAAGUCGAGGAGCAGAAGGAUCAGAAGGCUCGGAAGGAGGAGGAGCAGAUAGAUUGGCCAGUUUUUCAUUCGCCCGCAGUUCGUUAAGGAAAAUCAUUCAAAAUUCAUCGCCUAAGCAAAGCGGAUGCCGCACAAGAGAGAGAGAGUCGCGAAUAGAUCAAUCAAUUAAUCAAUCAAUCAAAACCGAGCAUAUCAACCGAGAGGCCAAUACCAAAACCAAAACCAAUACCAACCAGAGAACCGAAAUCAAAGUUCAACGUUGCAUUUAAGGUGCCCGCCAGCGGUGGUCAACUUCCAGUUCCACUUGCACUCCGUGUGUGAUUGCAUGCCGCGGAUGAGCCGCGGAUUAUGUCACGUGACGAUUAUAAUCCAGUAACUAGCUCUGGUGUGCGCAGUCCGGGUCGCGUGCGGCGUCUCCAGGAAUUGCCGACGGUCGAUCGAUCCCCAUCCCGGGACUACGGCGCUCCACGCGGAAGUCCUUUAGCAAUGGGCAGUCCAUACUACCGCGACAUGGAUGAGCCAACCAGUCCGGCCGGAGCGGGUCACCAUCGCAGCCGGAGCGCCAGCAGACCACCGAUGGCCCAUGCCAUGGACUAUCCAAGAACCCGCUACCAAUCGCUGGAUCGCGGUGGACUCGUCGAUCCCCACGAUCGCGAGUUCAUUCCCAUUCGAGAGCCCCGCGAUCGCUCCCGGGACAGGUCCCUCGAACGGGGACUGUACCUAGAGGACGAGCUCUAUGGCAGGUCGGCGCGCCAGAGUCCCAGUGCCAUGGGUGGGUACAACACGGGCAUGGGCCCCACCUCGGAUCGAGCUUAUUUGGGCGACCUGCAGCACCAGAACACCGACCUGCAGCGGGAGCUGGGCAACCUGAAGCGGGAACUGGAGCUGACCAACCAAAAGCUGGGCAGCUCGAUGCACAGCAUCAAGACCUUCUGGUCGCCGGAGCUCAAGAAGGAGCGGGCACUGCGGAAGGAGGAGAGUGCCAAGUACAGUCUGAUCAAUGAUCAGUUGAAGCUGCUCAGCACGGAGAAUCAGAAACAAGCCAUGUUGGUGCGCCAGCUGGAGGAGGAGCUGCGCCUGCGGAUGCGGCAGCCAAACUUGGAGAUGCAGCAGCAGAUGGAGGCAAUCUAUGCGGAGAACGACCAUUUGCAGCGGGAGAUCAGCAUCCUGCGUGAGACGAUCAAGGAUCUCGAGUGCCGGGUGGAGACCCAGAAGCAAACGCUGAUUGCCCGCGACGAGAGCAUCAAGAAGCUACUGGAAAUGCUGCAGGCCAAGGGAAUGGGCAAAGAGGAGGAGCGCCAGAUGUUUCAGCAAAUGCAGGCCAUGGCCCAGAAACAGAUGUACAAUUCCUAUUCGGGCGCCACUGGAAGCAGUCCCCCGUUGCCGGACAUUAUCGGUCAGUACUACGGCCCGGGAACUUUGGGUCUGGGUCCGGGUCCCCUGUCCUACGGCUCGGGCAAUGGUUACGGCCCGGCAGCUGGCUACGAUCUGUACGGGCCCUCGACCUCGACGGCAGCCGGGGGGUACGGACUGUACGAUCCCCAGAUCUACGGACCGUGCCAGACCUCACCGAUCCGUAGGAGGCGCUACAGCAUUGCCGGCCUGCCCUCGGCGACCAUGUACAAUGAUGUCUACGGCUAUCCGGCACCGCCCCUGCAGCAGACCAGCUCCUCGAAUAUAGUGAAUCUGCUGAACGAGGCCCACAAGUCGAUAUCGCGCAGCUCACAGAUCCUUAAUCUCACGAAUCAGGCCCGUCAGCUGGGUCAGCUGGUGACGACGCCGCUGGGCGGACCGGUGGGCAUGUCUGGCUUGGGCCGCGUGGUCUCCAGCUACCCCACCCUGCAUCCGGGGGACACAUCGCCGCCGUACCUCAACGACAACCUAAUGCAAAUGUCCACGAGCUUCUCCUCGCAGCCGAACAUGUACUUCCAGCCGCAGGCGCAGCAGGUGCAGCAAGUGCUGCCCACGCAACUGACGGCGGCCCAGAGUGCCGCUGCAGCGGCUGCAAGACUUCGGCCCGCCUACUCUGUUACGAAUCUGGUGUCCAGCUACCCGACGACGGCCACGAAUCCGGCGGGCUAUGGCUGCAAGUACGGGGGCUAUGGGGUGAAUCCGUACCAGAGCGAUCUGGGCUACGGCAACCCGCUGGCCCCCUUCCAGCAGCGCCAGCUGAUGGCCCACCAGUCGCUGCACGCCUCCAAUCCCGCCAUUUCGCAGUACUACCAGAACCAGGGAGCCGGAUCCGCGACGGCGGGAGCCGCCCUGGCCUACAACCUGCAGCAGCAGUUCGCGGGAACGCAGCACUAUGGGGGCGGAGCGCAGGGACCGCCGCUGGGACACUCGCACAUCCAGGCGUCGGUGCAGCAGCAGAUGCAUCCGCAGUACCAGUACCAUGUGCACCAGCAUCAGAACCACCUGCAGACACAUCCGCUGGCGGCGCUGGCCAACACCAGCGGACCCUUCGGCGGAACGCUGGCCAGCAGUGCCAGGGACUAUGUGGACGGACUGCAUCAUGCGGCCCACUCACAUACGCAUACGCAUCCGCAUUCGCAUCCGCACCACUCCUCCUCGCAUCAUUCGCAUCACACGGCAUAUCCGCACUCGCAUUCGCACCAUCAGCAGCAGCAGCCGCAUCAAGCCCACCAUCACCACCAUCUGCCAUACUCGAAACUAGACUUAGAUUACCCGAAACUGCCGCAAGAGCAUAAGCGACAACUGGACGAAUUCCGUCUUGAAAUACAGAGAAGGGAUCAAGAGAUCCUGGCGAUGGCGGCCAAAAUGAAAACCCUCGAGGAGCAGCACCAGGACUACCAGCGGCACAUAGCGGUGCUCAAGGAGUCGCUAUGUGCCAAAGAGGAGCACUACAACAUGCUGCAGACGGACGUCGAGGAGAUGCGCGCCCGCCUCGAGGAGAAGAACCGCCUGAUCGAGAAGAAGACCCAGGGCACCCUGCAGACGGUCCAGGAGCGCAAUCGCCUCACCAGCGAGCUCACCGAGCUCAAGGACCACAUGGACAUCAAAGACCGCAAGAUCAGCGUGCUGCAGCGCAAGAUCGAGAACCUGGAGGAUCUGCUCAAGGAGAAGGACAACCAGGUGGACAUGGCGCGGGCCCGUCUGUCGGCCAUGCAGGCUCACCACAGCAGCUCCGAGGGCGCCCUGACCAGCUUGGAGGAGGCCAUCGGCGACAAGGAGAAGCAGAUGGCGCAGCUAAGGGAUCAGCGGGAUCGCGCCGAGCACGAGAAGCAGGAGGAGCGGGAUCUGCAUGAGCGCGAGGUGGCCGACUACAAGAUCAAGCUGCGGGCCGCCGAAAGUGAGGUGGAGAAGCUGCAGACGCGCCUCGAGCGGGCGGUCACCGAGCGGGAGCGGCUGGAGAUCAAGCUGGAGGCCUCGCAGAGCGAACUGGGCAAGUCGAAGGCCGAACUUGAGAAGGCCACCUGCGAAAUGGGCAGGAGCAGCGCCGACUGGGAGUCCACCAAGCAGAGGAUCGCUCGAUUGGAGCUGGAGAACGAGCGGCUGAAACACGAUCUGGAACGUUCGCAGAUGCAGCUAGAAGAACAGACCACACUACACAAAACAACGUUUGGCAGGACCACGAUGACCACGUCCCAGGAACUGGAUCGAGCUCAGGAGAGGGCCGACAAGGCCUCGGCCGAAUUGCGACGCACCCAGGCUGAGCUGAGAGUCACACAGUCGGAUGCGGAAAGAGCACGCGAGGAGGCGGCCGCCCUGCAGGAGAAGCUGGAGAAGAGCCAGGGCGAGGUGUACCGACUCAAGGCGAAGCUGGAGAAUGCCCAGGGCGAGCAGGAGAGUCUGCGCCAGGAGCUGGAGAAGGCGCAGAGCGGUGUCUCUCGCAUCCACGCCGACCGCGAUCGGGCCUUCUCCGAGGUGGAAAAGAUCAAGGAGGAGAUGGAGCGCACCCAGGCCACGUUGGGCAAGUCGCAGCUGCAGCACGAGAAGCUGCAGAACUCGCUGGACAAGGCCCAGAACGAGGUCGAUCAUCUGCAGGACAAGCUGGACAAGGCCGGCACGGAGACCCGUCGCCUGACCCUCGAGAAGGAGAAGCUCACCUACGACUACGACAACCUGCAGUCGCAGCUGGACAAGGCCUUGGGCCAGGCGGCCAGGAUGCAGAAGGAGCGCGAAACCCUCUCCCUGGACACGGAUCGCAUUCGCGAGAAGCUGGAGAAGACGCAGGUGCAACUGGGCCGCAUCCAGAAGGAGCGGGAUCAAUUCUCCGACGAGCUGGAGACGCUCAAGGAGCGCUCGGAAUCGGCGCAGACCCUCUUGAUGAAGGCCGCCCGCGAUCGGGAGGCGAUGCAAACGGAUCUGGAGGUCCUGAAGGAGCGCUACGAGAAGUCGCACGCUAUCCAGCAGAAACUCCAGAUGGAGCGCGACGAUGCGGUCACCGAGGUGGAGAUCCUCAAGGAGAAGCUCGACAAGGCGCUGUACGCCAGCCAAAAGCUGAUCGACGAGAAGGACACCUCGAACAAGGAGUUCGAGAAGAUGCUGGAGAAGUACGAUCGGGCCCAGAACGAGAUUUAUCGCCUGCAGUCGCGUUGCGAUACGGCCGAAGCGGAUAGGGCUCGGCUCGAGGUGGAGGCGGAGCGAUCAGGUUUGGCCGCCGGCAAGGCUCGCGAGGAUCUGCGCAAGCUGCAGGACGAGAGCACCCGGCUGCAGGAGGCCUGCGAUCGGGCGGCGCUCCAGCUGAGCCGCGCCAAGGAGUGCGAGGACAAUGCGCGCAGCGAGCUGGAGCACAGUCGCGAUCGCUUCGACAAGCUGCAGACGGACAUUCGGCGGGCCCAGGGCGAGAAGGAUCACUUCCAGUCGGAGCUGGAGCGCGUGACCUACGAACUGGAGCGCGCCCAUGCCGCCCAAACGAAGGCGGGCGCCAGCGUGGAGGCGGCCAAGGAGGAGGCCGCCCACUAUGCCGUCGAGCUGGAGAAGAUGCGCGACCGCUACGAGAAGAGCCAGGUGGAGCUGCGCAAGCUGCAGGACACGGACACCUUCGGCCGGGAGACGCGACGCCUCAAGGAGGAGAACGAGCGGCUGCGCGAGAAGCUGGACAAGACGCUCAUGGAGCUGGAGACCAUACGCGGCAAGUCGCAGUACGAGUCGGAGUCGUUCGAGAAGUACAAGGACAAGUACGAGAAGAUCGAGAACGAGGUGCAGAACAUGGAGUCCAAGCUGCACGAGACCAGCCUGCAGCUGGAGCUGUCCAAGGGCGAGGUGGCCAAGAUGCUGGCCAACCAGGACAAGCAGCGCUCCGAACUGGAGCGGGCCCACAUCGAGCGGGAGAAGGCGCGGGACAAGCACGAGAAGCUGCUGAAGGAGGUCGAUCGUUUGCGCCUGCAACAGUCCUCGGUGAGCCCCGGCGAUCCGGUCCGAGCGUCGACGUCCUCCUCAUCCGCUCUGUCCGCUGGCGAGCGGCAGGAGAUCGACCGCCUGCGGGAUCGCCUCGAGAAGGCGCUGCAGUCGCGUGACGCCACCGAGCUGGAGGCCGGUCGCUUGGCCAAGGAACUGGAGAAGGCGCAAAUGCAUCUGGCCAAGCAGCAGGAGAACACCGAGUCCACGCGCAUCGAGUUCGAGCGCAUGGGCGCUGAGUUGGGCCGUCUCCACGAUCGCCUCGAGAAGGCGGAGGCCGAACGCGAAGCCCUGCGUCAAUCCAGUCGUGGCGGAGCUGGAGCAGGCGCUGCCCCCCAUCCACAGCUGGAGAAGCAUGUCCAGAAGCUGGAGUCGGACGUCAAGCAGCUGGCCAUGGAGCGGGAGCAACUGGUGCUGCAGCUGGAGAAGAGCCAGGAGAUCCUCAUGAACUUCCAGAAGGAGCUGCAGAACGCCGAGGCGGAGCUGCAGAAGACGCGCGAGGAGAACCGCAAGCUGCGCAAUGGACACCAAGUGCCACCUGCCGCCGCCCCUCCCGCCGGAGCCUCUCCCGCCGAGAUCCAGGCCAUGCAGAAGGAGAUCCAGGCGCUGCAGCAGAAGCUCCAGGAGUCGGAGCGCGCCCUCCAGGCAGCCGGGCCCCAACAGUCCCAGGCCGCAGCAGCGGCGGCCGGAGCGAGUCGCGAGGAGAUCGAGCAGUGGCGCAAGGUCAUCGAGCAGGAGAAGGGUCGCGCCGACAUGGCCGACAAGGCCGCCCAGGAGAUGCACAAGCGCAUUCAGCUUAUGGACCAACACAUCAAGGAUCAGCACGCCCAGAUGCAGAAGAUGCAGCAGCAGAUGCAACAGCAACAGCAGGCGGCGCAGCAGCAGCAACAGAAUGCAGCCAGUGCCGGCGGAGCGGACGCCAAGGAAAUGGAGAAGGUCAGGGGCGAACUUCAGGCAGCCUGCACUGAGCGGGAUCGCUUCCAGCAGCAACUGGAGCUCCUGGUCACCGAGCUGGAGAAGAGCAAGAUGUCCAACCAGGAGCAGGCCAAGCAGCUCCAGACGUCGCAGCAACAAGUGCAGCAACUGCAACAGCAGGUGCAACAGCUUCAGCAGCAGAUGCAACAACUGCAGCAGGCCGCCAGUGCGGGCGCCGGGGCCACCGAUGUCCAGCGCCAGCAGCUGGAGCAGCAGCAGAAGCAACUCGAGGAGGUGCGCAAGCAGAUCGACAACCAGGCCAAGGCCACCGAGGGCGAGCGCAAGAUCAUCGACGAGCAGCGCAAGCAGAUCGACGCCAAGCGCAAGGACAUCGAGGACAAGGAGAAGAAGAUGUCCGAGUUUGACGUCCAGUUGCGAAAGCGCAAGGAGCAGAUGGACCAGCUGGAGAAGUCCCUCCAGACACAAGGAGGCGGAGCGGCGGCCGCCGGCGAGCUGAACAAGAAGCUCAUGGACACGCAGCGUCAGCUAGAAGCAUGCGUCAAAGAGCUGCAAAACACAAAGGAGGAGCACAAGAAGGCGGCAACCGAAACGGAGCGUUUGCUGCAAUUGGUACAAAUGUCUCAGGAGGAGCAGAAUGCCAAGGAGAAGACCAUCAUGGAUUUGCAACAAGCCUUAAAGAUCGCUCAAGCCAAAGUCAAACAAGCACAAACGCAGCAACAGCAGCAGCAGGAUGCUGGGCCAGCUGGCUUCUUGAAGAGCUUUUUCUAAACAGUGCCCCCGAAAAACCAAACAUACACACAUCUUCAGAUGCAGAUGAGGCAAAAGGAAUACACCAGUACUAUUUACCCAAAGCGAUAAUGGAAAACCAAAAGCAGCAAGAAAUUAUCAAAAGCACUGUCUACUAUUUUGUAUACUACCGAUGCCGAUACCAAUACCAACUAUGCAGUAUUUCUACGACUCACCCAUACACUCGAUACACGAACACACACACACAUUUGUAAAUGACACCAUGUAAAUGCAAUGCGAAAUGCAAAUUAUUUGAUAUUUGUAUUGUGUAAUUAGGUUGCCGCUAUACUCAAAUUGUGGAUGCAUUUAAAAGUCAGCUCGUAUAGCGUACUUUUGUAAACUCUCUUAACUCUCUCUAACUCACUAACUCAAUCCUUUUUCGAACUCAACUUAAAGUUUAUCGUUAGCCAAGACACAACUUCCCCGUUGAGAGCUUUCUGUCCUUCACUUUCUCUCUGUCGGUCGGAGCUGCAGAACGUAGACUACGUCCUCGGGCACUGCAUCCCACUGCAUAAUAUCCCAUAAUAUUUCCAAGACCCCAAGACCCAUCUGCCAUUAGUUUUCCCACUGCGCGAAUGUGAUGAAAUCGAAAGAGGAAGGAAAACAAAGGAGUAAUUGCAUUACAACUGAAAGGAAGCAACUAAUUGAGUGCUGCUUUGGACCCAAAGUGCAGCAUGUACUUACAAUUGUCGAGGAUAUAUAGUAUAUACUAGCCUCUGUUAUAGUUAGUCAAACAUGAACAUCGGCUUAUCAUACGCCCACACAAUCACACUGUACAUAAAGCAUUGGCAUCAGACUCAUAACGGAAAAAGUAUUGACACAGAUACGGAUACAAUAUGUAGAGCAAUAAAUGAUAAACCACAGAUAAUACAAAUAUGAUAUAGAUACGAGUACCAUAUGUAAAAUUAAUACGAUUAAAAGAAUUAUAUUGCCUAGCCCUUAGCCGUGUACCAAAGAACUAACAAUAUAGACCCCGAAGAGGAGAACCUAUCAUUCGUAUCAGCUAAUAUGGAUAUUAUCGAUAAAAAUAAACUCGAACAUCAACUACAAACAAGUGCAAUCUCUAUUUUAAUUAGUUAAAUCUACACGAUAUCCCCACGUUCCUUAGCCCCCGACUAAAUAGAUCGAGUCCAGUACGCAAGCUUUACCCAAGUCAGCUGUGAAUGCGCAUUAUAACGAGUACUUAUAGUAGAUCGAUAGUUCCACUCUAGUCCAGGGUCACUCGUAUCGUUGCUUUUGGUUUAGGAAAGUGUUAUUGUUAUAGGACAUAAACGACUUAUACCCUAUACUGCAUAUUUACCUAGCUAAGCAGGAAUAUUUGACUAGCAGGAAGUUAGAGUUUUCAUUGAGUGUAUUUUCGUUUCCUAUAAUUAUAAUUUACUUAGAAGGAGGUACAAAUUUGGAAAAGGAAUCGUAGAACGACGUAUGGAGGAGUUAUCACUGCCAGUGUAAGCAAGAAUAUUGAUAGAAUGGAAAUUCAAAGUUCGUUUAAUUAUAGGGCUUAUCAUUAGAAUAUCAUUUGACUUUUGGUUACUGUAGGAAAACCAUACACGAAGACAUUCAGUAAGAGACGAAGCUAAAGACACAACACAAUCAUAUCAUACAAGCCUAUAUCAUAGCCCCAAGAACGAAAGGAUAGUAGACCCUAGAGGGAGACUCUUUAGCGCUUUAAAUUAUCCUCAGAUCUUUCCACACAUUGUAAUAACGUAAUAAAACGAGAAGGGAUCGAUUGUUCAAUUGAUAGAUACCCUCCACCCACUUAGGUAAUCGAUUAACGACCAACUAAAUUACGAUAGAGCUGCACUCUUUGCUUUGAUUUCAGUUUCGCGAUCGUUCGAUUUGUGUACAUAAGUUAGGGUCCUUCUUUUCGCCCCUCUAGCGCCAAAACAGUUCCCCAAAAAGUUCCUAUACCAGGAACCUCGGGUUUUACGGUGCAGCUGAAGGGCAGGAAACAAUACGAGUUCGCGAGUCAAGUAAAAAUUAGUAGCAUCUUCAUGUUCGACAGAAGUGUACAUAAGUGUCUAGUUAUGUAAGCAUAACAGAAACUGUAUAAUAUAUGAAAGUUUACUAUAUACGUUACAAUGUAAUCAUCAAUCUAUAUGCAGACCAUUGAGAACACGAGAACAAUUAACUAUCGACAAAUCAAACCGAACAAACUUCACCUUAGAACACGUAACUCUGGCUACUGGAGCUAAAAAAACAAAUUACACACCACGUUGACAAUACAACCACCCACAAAUUAAACACUAAAACACCCUUUUGAGAACACAAACCACAACAAAUCGAUCCAUUAACGCUAGAUGGAAGCCAACAUAUCCGAAUCAAGAUAGCGCUAGUCUCAUGUUAACUGAGGAUAAGCCAGAUAUCAUAUGAACCAAUAUUUCGAAAUCGAUUUCCUAACGCCUCGAGUUGAUUUCUUGGUCACUUGGUCCCUCAGUCACUUUCCCUUUCACCUUCGAUCUCGAUCUCGAUUUCCAGUUAUAGAAGAUGAAACGUUUGCCUUUAACUACUUAACUUAACUUACCACGUAUCGUAUUGUUAGCCUAGAUAGUCUCAAUUACAGCAGCAGCAGUGACAAAACCAACUGAGAAUAAGAACAUGAACUAACGGUCUAUCUACUCAUAGUAAUUGCCGUAAACACUUUAAUCAUAUUAUCCCCGCCGUCGUGUACCCUACUUACAAAUACAAAUAAAAAAUAAAAACAAAUACAAAUACGAAUACGAAACUAACGGAUAGCAAGGAAAGCUUCGACAACUUUUUCUAUACAAAAUCUAGCGAAAAUAACAAAUAAAUCUAACAAACGAAAGCCCCAAACUCGAAUAAUGUAAUUUAGCAAAUUGUAAACUCAAUAUAGGCACACUCUCUCUCACAAGCGAAAUGAAAAUGAAGAUAUGAAAAUGAUGGCAGAUUAAAUGAAUUUAAAUGGUAAGAGUCUCAAUCAAGAGUCGAGCACUACCGAGCGAAGAAUUAACCCCAGUGUGUACUUCUCUGUACAUAGACCUAUAUAUAUAUAAAUAUUUAUGACUAGAGCAAAGCAUACGAUAGAUGAAUAUAGGAAUAUACGGAUACAAAACAUAUACAUAGCAUAGCAGAUAUGAAAAGAGAGCGCAAAUUAUAUAGAUACUACAGCCAUCAUCCAUCAAAGAUCAAAGCCGAAGAUCGUAGUCAGAGCAAAAACUUGGAUAGAGAGGAGGAGGCAGAGCAGAAGUGUAAACUUUAAUCCCCCGAAACCGAGUCCCCAAACUAAACCGAUACCGAAAUAUCCGCAGAGAAAUGAGAAAAAACCAAAACAAAACAAGAACAACAAUUUCGUGUAAACAUUUUUUUAAACAAGUUUGGUGAUCUACGAUAUUGGUAAUAAUUAUUGAUAAAUAAAAUUAAAAGGAUAUAUAUAUAUACAUACAUAUAUUAUACAAAUAUAUGAAGUAGAGCCCAGUGCUCAGAUCGACAAUGUUUAGCGAAAAGUGAAAGGGACAGUGUGAUCAGUCAAUAGAUUAAAAUCACCGAUAGUUGAACCGUCACACUGUGCUGUCGAAUUUCCAUUUUAAAUUUCGAUCUAAAUUCCACUAAAUCUUGGAAGUGCAAAGAAAUAUAGCCGAUCUGAGCACUGGACUUUAAGCAAGGAGUAGGCAAAAAUGAACGGAAACAAGGGGAGGCAUACAUAAAGUACGAGUAAAUAUUUAUUAUAUAAUGUUUUUUAAGUAACUUAUAGUAAGCCAUUAUAUAUACACACAUAUAUAUAUAUAUAUAAAUUAUACAUAUAUGAAACUACAUAAGUUUACAAGGUAUAUGACAAAAAAACCAACAACAAAAACCAAAUUAAGAAUCAACCACAACAAAAAAAGAGCAACAUAAUAGGUAAACGACAACAAAAGAAAACGCAACCGCAGCAACUAAACAAAGCAAAGGAUUAGAGAGGAGGUGGGAAAAUAUAAUAAUAAUAAAGUAAAUAAAUUUAUUAUAUACAUACAUACAUAGAAGAAUAUUACAAAUGGGAGAAAGUCGAGCAAAAUGAAAGCGAGAUGAAAAUGAUUAUUUGAAACAUGUUCAUUAUAUAUAAAUGUCAUUACAAAUGUUCUUCAAAACUGCCUACCAAUAAAAUAUAUUUCAAAUAA